CAGGCAAGCAGUGGGGCAGAGCCCCAGGUAGCCGUCCUAUGCGAAGCGGGCGGCACCUACCACCCGCAGUACAUGUCAGCCGCCGGCCGAUGGACUCCCGACCUUACCACCAAGCCCCACAACUGCCUCAAGGACAAGAUGGAAAUCCUCGAUUAUUGCAAGAAGGUAUACCCGAGCCACGACAUCACCAACAUCGUUGAAGCCUCCCAUUACGUGAAGGUCAGCAACUGGUGCAAGCUGGGGACUGGCAACGCGGCCAAGUGCAAGGUCACGCGAUGGGUGAAGCCGUUCCGUUGUCUUGAAGGUCCAUUCCAAUCGGACGCGCUGCUGGUGCCUGAAAGCUGUCUCUUCGACCACAUCCACAACCAGUCGCGGUGCUGGCAGUUCGCGAGGUGGAACGCCACGGCUGGUCGCGCUUGCUCCCAACGAGGACUGAAGCUUAGGACUUUUGCGAUGCUCCUGCCUUGUGGAAUCAGCCUAUUCUCUGGUGUCGAGUUCGUCUGCUGCCCAAAACAUUUUAAGGAAAACGUAAAGAUGCACAAGCCCAUGGAUGUCGGAGUCCCCGUCAGCCCCGGUGGUGAGGAGAUGCUUGCGGCUUCAGCAGCAAUGGAUGAGCGUGAUGAUGACCUUUUGGAUGAUGAUGACGCUUUGGAUGACGAUGACGACGACGACACUCUGAACCUUAGCGACGACGACGAUGAUGACGAUGCUGAUGACGACAUGGAUGAAGAUGAAGACGCAGAUUUGUCUCGCGAUGAUGAUGCUGAGGACGACGAUUAUACUGACGGUGACGAUAACUCCUGGCCUCGUCCCGAAACCUCCUCCCAGCCGUCUACCACCACGACUACCACCACCACGACCACGACCACUACGGCUUCAUCCGCUACCUCUGACCCUUACUUCUCGCACUUCGACCCUCGUACCGAACAUCAGAGCUACAAGGACGCUCAGCAGAGGCUGGAAGAGACGCACCGCGAGAAGAUCACCAAGGUCAUGAAGGAAUGGUCGGAGCUAGAAGACCGGUACCAGCAAAUGAUGAACAAUGACCCCGCUGCCGCCCAGACCUUCCGCCAACGUAUGACUGCCAAGUUCCAGUCUAACAUUCAGACUCUGGAAGAAGAAGGUGUAGCUGAACGUCGCCGAUUGGCUGCUCUCCAUCAGCAACGAGUCCUGGCUCACCUCGCUCAGCGUCGCCGAACUGCUCUCGCUUGCUACACCCGCUCACUCCGAGACACUCCACCCAAUGCUCACCGCGUCCAGAAGUGCUUGCAACGCCUGGUCCGUGCUCUGGCUGCGGAGCGCAGUGGGGCGCUGGCCGCGUGGCGCCGCGCUGCUGCCAAUGGACGAGAGGCCGCCGCCGCCGAGCGAUCCAGUGCUGCCGACCGAUUGCAGGAUGCCGACCGAGCUCUACAGCGCGCCCUCUCCUCCCUCCGCCGCCGCCCUCACCUGUACGCUAGCAUUGGAACUGCUAUUGAAGAUUACGUUCAGUCGAUGCAAUCCAAGGACGACAUGGCGGUGUCCCUGAUGUCAAUGACUCCUGAAGCUGAGGAACUGUUGCUGGACCGUAUUGAAGCCGAAGUACAGCGGGAACAGGCCGCUCGUGAUCAGCUCAAUGCUAAACGUGAUCAGCGCACUCGACAGCGUCAGGAUAUCCAGAACGAACGGGCUAAGACCUCAAACGGUGUGAAGGAGAGUUUAGAAGCUGAUGACGAAGCGAGUGAAGCGAGUGAGAUCGAGGACACUUCAUCCAGCAGCACUCGAGGCCCAGUUCCCUCUGCUUCGGCGCCUCCAUCCCCAUCCCCAUCAGCGUCUGCCAGCGCAUCACCAGUCCCAUCCGCAGCGUCGGUGACACCACACGAUAUCACCACUCAUGCUUCCUUCUCACAGGAUACUACUACUACUGAGAUCAUCACGAGCACGGUGACUGACGUACCAGAGAGCGAGACUGCCGAGACCGGUGAGAUCAGCGAGACUUCCAGCCGACGGUCCACCAGCGAGACGGAAGGCGAAGGCCUGCGCGCCGCCCUGGAGCACGCGGAGGAGCGCGCGCCCCCCCCGCCCGCGCACGCGCUCAAACACGAACUGCAGCACUCGCAGCCUGGCUACACCGUCCGUGGCGCGGGUAUGUCUGGCGGCGGCGGGUCUGCGAGCGCGCUGUACCCGGCGCUGUGCGUGGGCGGCGCGGCGCUGGCGGCCGCCGCCUGCGUCGCGCUCGCCGUCGCGCGCCGCCGCGACCGCGCGCCGCCCGCGCAGGGAUUCGUGCAGGUGGAGCAGACCGGAGCCGUCGCCCCGACCCCCGAAGAGCGACACGUAGCCAACAUGCAGAUCAAUGGCUACGAGAACCCGACCUACAAGUACUUCGAGGUCAAAGAGUAG